AUGCAACCCCUAAAUCCAUUUCUUGCCGCCUUCUUCAAAAGCUCCGUCGCCUCACAGUGCACGCCAGUUCAUCACUACAUACUCCUCGUUCCGCAGACGGAUGUGCUCCUCACUCAUCGUGAGACGGAGAGCGGCGUCGCCACGAGCGACUUCGUCGCUACUGAGGAGUUUCUAGCCAGCCAUGUCCUGCGCAUCCCUCCGCCUGGCGGUAAGGAGGCUGGCCAGAAUUUGCGAGAGGUCCGAGGCAAAGCGAAACAAUUUUCGACUCUAAACGGGAGGAGCGUGAUUGUCAAAGAUGCCUCUAUAUACAGUAACAAAGGCUUCAGGACGCUGGCACAAGCGCAAACACAGAGCGAUGCAACCUGGUACCCGGACGUAUUCGAAGCGCGACAAUGGCUACUAUACUAUAUAUCGAAGCCUUUGGUUGGGAAUUGGCGAGAGAUAGUCAUAUCGCCUGCGGUUCUGCCUAUCUCGAAUCAGACCAUCGAGACAAAGCAGCUCGCGAAUGGUGAUGCAGCAAACUACUCGACUCACCCCAAGAAAAAAGAUAUUAAAACAUUUCACGAGCUUCUCAAUAAUUUCCCCAUGAUUGCACGACAAAUGCAGUUUGGGCUGGAAGAAAUAUUCACAGAGUUUACUAUAGUAUUUCAGAAACCACUGCCUGCACCUCCUUCGGCAGCCGAAAUUCCCGAUCCCGUGCCCGACGGCCCCAUCACCACGGCCUUGAAGCGGGCAAGAUCGAACAGCUUCAGCGUGCGCUCUCAUACCCCGUCUAACGCGAGCUUGCCUGUAACCGAAGACUUCUACGCCGAGGACGAGGAAGACGUUAUGCGUGCUUCUCUGGAGACUGCUGUCACGACAGCCAUCGAUUUGUUUCAAGGAGUAGAUAAACAGCAAUUGUCUCUACUUGGCGCAACUACGGAUCUCACCGGGCCCCUUGUUGAGAAGCUGAUUGAACGAUAUAUUACCGAAAACGUGCACCACCUCCUUUUUACUAGACUAGUCUCCCUUAAACGCCCGGAUGACUUGGAGCUGGAGGCAAAGAUACGGCAGAUGGAAUACAUUGAUAUUUCGCAAUUGGGAAUUGCCAUUGUCGGCGGGCCCAAGGCAAAGCACGACCUGAUCAUUCGUCUGGGACCAGCAAUCGAAGAAUUUCGCAAGAUAUCGAGUGCUAUGAGCCCUCAAGAAAUGCUAGAGCUUCUUCUGUCCACCAUGAAGACUGUAUCUCAACUCACAGGAGAAGCUCCUGAGGAGGGAGAGGAUCAGCCAGCAGAGAAGGCCAUCAUGACGGUCAAUGCCGACACGCUGGUUUCUAUGCUACUUUAUGUCGUGAUUCGGGCAAGCGUGCGCAAUCUGCAAGCUCGUCUUGGUUAUAUAAGGAAUUUCAUUUUCGUCGACGAUGUCGAUAGUGGCGAGCUUGGAUACGCGCUGAGCACAUUUGAGGCUGUGUUGGCCUAUCUGUCCAUGGACUCGGCUGGACUGCGCCGCGCAAGCAGGAAAAACAAGGCGCUCUGGGAAGCCACAAAAAAGGGAUCGAUGUCGGACCUGAAGAAGAUUAUGGAACCAAACACAUCUGCUAUCGAAGACGAUGAUGAAGGCGAACCGUCUUCGCACAAGUCUUCCCGGCGACAAUCUUUCAAUUGGAGUGUCACGAAUGGCUCUUCACGACAGUCAUCAGCAGGCUUCGCGACACCUGAUCGAUUAUCGAAAGGCUCUGGCUUGAGGCAUGUUUUUCCUUUUCAAACCGAUAGCAAUUGCGACGACGACGACGGCGACUGCCAUUCCGGCACUUUUAGAGUUGCGAGAGUCAAGAAAGUCUCAAUGGAUACGCGAAGUUUUUCUAGUGACUCUGAGAUUUCGUUCCACUCACGCUCGACCAGUGUUGGGACAAUUGGCAAUGCUUUGGAGGGCGAUAUCUCAGUUGAGCGACUGGCGCAAACAAGCGAUUCAUUUGGCGACUCUGUCUUGAUGCUGGCUGUUCAGAAUGGCCAGCUCGCCGUUCUCAAAUAUCUCUUGUCACUGCGCGGAUACUAUCCUCUAGAGGCUGUGUUGGAGGACAUGAAUAACGAAGAUACAUCGCUCUUGAGCGCUGCAGUGCAGCACGGCAAUUCCGAAAUCAUUGAUACACUGCUGGACUGCAUCAGUUCUGGCGUCUCCCAUACGCAACUUGUUCGAUACGUCCAAGAGCAGGACAUUUGGGGCCGCAGCCUAGGCCACUAUCUGUUUAACUCUCCAGCCCUCAUUGCCAGAAUUGGUUACCUUAUCCCGUGGACGCAGCGCGACAAAAAUGGUCAGACACCCCUGUUUGCCCUUUGCCGAUCCUACGACCAUGCCGAUUACUGCAACAUGGUAGAGGCAGGUCUUCAAGCCGCCAAGAUGGCGCAAGGAGACGGUACGCUGCUGCAUGUGGACGAGCACGUUGACGGAAAGGGAAAUACGCUGUUACACAUCAUCAACGACCCAAGGCUGGCCCUGAGAAUCCUGCACUGCUGUGACGUCGAUGUCAAUGCAACUAACGAGAAGCGAUUCACGCCACUCAUGGUUGCUAGCAAAUACGGACGUUAUGACAUGGUCAGAUCGCUAUUUGCCGACCCCCGAGUAGACCUCGGCGCAAGGGAGGCCAGAGGCCUGACAGCUGUGGAGCUGGCUAAGGACGAAGACGUCAGAAACAAGAUUGACGAUCUGGGGCUGUUCAGCAUGCCUCCUGGACAAGAUGGGCGUAUCACCGGCGUGGUGCGAGCUUUCUUUGUUGAAGACGGCACAGUCCGAUUGGUGCUCAAGUCAGCGGCCCCAACGGACCACGACAGCUACACUGUGACGACGAGUCGGCGCUCGCUAUCCGAUUUUGAGCAGCUGGGCCGCCUCUUGGCUGAAGAAAACCCAGCAUCUUGGGUUCCAACAGUGACUGACACGCGAUCACCGUUUCAAUUACCGUCGAAACCGUCCCGAUCAUUGCUGCGGGAUAUUCAGGCCAAGAUGGACUGGUUCCUACGAACUAUGCUAAAUCAUCCCACCCUUUCAAAGCACGAAAUGCUGUGGGAGUUUUUCUUAGUGCCUGAGUUGCAGCUUGGCACCAUGGAGGAAAGAACCAGACUCAAAAUUGAGGCCCGUGUUGAGCGUAUCAGAGAGGAAUACGAACCAGUGCAAGAUCUAAGAGAAGUCGAGCAAUUUGUCAAUCAUGCGCGCGAAAUUGUACGCAGCGUUAAUUAUGCGACAAAAAGUGGUACGAGACGUGUCAACAGCGUCGGCGUGGUAACUGCGGACAUGUACGAUUCACUGGUUCUUUUGCAUCGAAGCGUGUCUGGACUGAUCUUCCUACCGCAAGGUCACAUUGCUGCAAUGGAAAUGUAUGCCAGGGCGAUGCAGCCGACGCAGUCAAGCCCACACAUGAUGCUCCACACGACGCUGAUUGCCGUCCAGUCCACAGUGCAAGCCCUGCUCGCUGCGCUUGGGCGGCCAACGACGAUGGUGGCGCAGAUUACCAAUGCCAGAAGGGAGGCAGACAGGAAUCAAGGUUCCAUAGGAAGAUCCUCACGAUGGCCUCUGGGUUUGCUGGAUGACACACGACAGCGUCUCCAGGAAGAGAAGGAGAGGAAGGCCCAGAAAUGGCGCGAGGAAGCUUCUUACAUGGCGCGUGAACUAAGGUACACCCAACAGACGGUGGCAGCCGAGAUGGCUGGCUGGCAGAACAUGCAUGACACGAUGGUCAGACGGGCCCUGCGAGAGUAUGGACGCGGCAUGCUAUUGCAGGAGAGGAUGAGACUGGACGGGAUGACGAGAGCUCUGAGAGCUAUUCAGAGCAAAGUACCGCCGCCAGCUUCUAACGGAACAUGGGGAACGGAAGCGAAUGAGUAA